UUAAUUAUUGUGAAUUGCACAGGAGCGCUGAGGAGGGUAUCAUAGUAAUGGAAAACGUGAAAAUGCGCGGGUUCAAGAUGUUUGAUAAGAUGACCAUCCUACCCCUUGACCAUUUCCUCCUAGCCAUGACCAACCUGGCGCACUUCCACGGCCGUUGGCUGGCCUUCCGUUGGUUGGGGGAGGCGGGGAAGUUGCCAGAAGGGGCGUGGUCUCCAGAAUGUCUCAAGCAGAGUCUGAACACACAGAAGCGGAUCCCUAAGUUUGUGUACAAGCAGUUGUUGAACGGGACGGAGAAAACCGUCCUAAAAGUCCUCGAUCUGGAGGGGAAAACUGAGUUCUCAGAGAGAGUGAGAAAAUUUUUCCGUGUAACUGCUCGGAAACAGCUGAACCUGUUUAUGGGUGAGGUGGAGACACCCGUAGAUACUUGCUGCCACGGGGACUUCUGGUCUAACAAUAUUAUGUUCAAGUACAACAAGGAGGAUGAAGUGGAUGAGACAGUUUUAGUGGAUUUCCAGCUGAUGAACUACGGUCAUCCUGGAUACGAUAUUUUGUACCUGCUCUUUUUAUCUUCAGAUUUAGAGUUUCGAGACUUACAGAUGAAAAAGUGCCUUACUCAAUACUGGGAUACAUUCAACACUUACCUUGUUAAGUAUGGGCCUGUGGACCUAAAAUAUGGUUGGGAUGAAUUCAUCAUGGAUAUUCAAAAUUACAAAGCCAUAGGAUUCGUCCUGGCAUCUACUCUUCUUCCAAACGUUCUCUCCGAUAUCCAGGUUGAAGCUGGUGGAUUGAUGGCACUCCGAAACAUGCAGAGGAAGCAGGUUCAAGAGCUAGAGGAUACAAGUAAACCAACCAGUAAGGAGAUAAAGAGAAGGAUUGUUGGACUUGUCACAGAACUCAUCAGGGAUAAUGUUAUCUAAACAUUAUAGGAUUUUCUCUUAACAUGGAUUUCAAGGUUUUUCUCUAAACAUUCAGAGGAUUUUCUCUAGACAGGGAUUUCAAGGAUUUUCUCUAGACAGGGAUUUCAAGGAUUUUCUCUAGACAGGGAUUUUAAGGAUUUUCGCUGAAUAGGGAUUUCAAGGAUUUUCUCUGAACAGGGAUUUCAAGGUGUUUCUCUGAACAGGGAUUUUAAGGAUUUUCUUAUAACAGGGAUUUCAAGGAUUUUCUCAUAAACAGGGAUUUCAAGGAUUUUCUUAUGAACAGGGAUUUCAAGGAUUUUCUUAUAACAGGGAUUUCAAGGAUUUUCUCAUAAACAGGGAUUUCAAUGAUUUUCUCAUAAACAGGGAUUUCAAGGAUUUUCUCAUAAACAGGGAUUUCAAGGAUUUUCUUAUAAACAGGGAUUUCAAGGAUUUUCCCAUCAACAGGGAUUUCAAGGAUUUUCUCAUAAACAGGGAUUUCAAGGAUUUUCUCAUAAACAGGGAUUUCAAGGAUUUUCUUUUAAACAGGGAUUUCAAGGAUUUUCUUAUAAUAGGGAUUUCAAGGAUUUUCUCAUAAUCAGGGAUUUCAAGGAUUCCGUUAGAGAGAAACCGGGAUUUCAACCGCUAUCUGUUUAGGACGGCUAUUAUAAUUUAAUUCUCUUUGCAGAAAAAUUAUACAUAAUUGAAGACAAUUCAGAAUAAUUUUAGCGAUCAACCCCCUUUGAAUGGAAAUAUUUUAAAAAUUAAAUUAACCCGGGGUUCCGUCCGUAUUCAUAUACAGGGUGAGUCAAAAAAAAGGGUGAAUAGCAAAAUCUUUCAUAUAAUAAAUCAUUUUAUUUUGGUAAUCUCAUUUGGACAAAUAUGAAAGAAAUUUGAAAUUUUUUUUAUCUCUAGACCAUUUAAAAAAUCCGUGAAACUAUUUUUUGCUCAAAAUUAGAUGAGUAGAAAAACAAAAGUGUGGGAAUAUAUUAUUUCUAUCACACCUUACAGAUCAGAUGAGUAGUUACGGAGUAAAUGCGCGAAAUAAAAUUCAGAAAAUCCGCAACUUUAGUAUUGAAAUAAUCAU